AUGCUGCUCUAUGUUCGCGGCCUGCCCAGCAGCUAUGAGCCCUACUUUGCCGGCAAGAAGCGGCGCUCGGUGCUGAUGUUCCAGGGCCGCUUCAAGCGCCCCGUGGGCGUGAACGACCUGGUGACUGGCAUGGAGUACGACCGGCCCUACAAGAACCUGCGGGGCUGCUGGAUCAUGGAGAAGGUGGUGCUGGCGUUUGCCAAGCGCGUGGUCAGCGCGAUGGAGACGGGCGACAUGGCUUCUGAGCCGUUCAUAACGUUCCACCUGCUGCCCCUGGCGCACGUGGUCAACGUGUCGUUGCCGGGCGAGGAGCCGCCAAUUGACCAGGCGCCGGAGGACCUGCGGCUGUGGGACCCCACCCUCAGCACGCGCAGCGGCGAGCCCAUGCCCUCCGAGUCGCGGCGGCGCCACUUCAUGGCGGAGCGCAAUCGCCGCGCCCGCACCUUCUCGACAGAGCACGUCUGGACCUUCUGCAUCUGGCAGCAGGUCAUCGACUACGCGGGUUACUACCUCGACCUGCUGGUGCAGAACUAUGACGUCAUCCAGCACAUGGACGGCCAGCCGCUGCAGGCCAUGAUGAAGGACAAGGCCAGCGGCAAGUACCUCUUCAACUUCCUCUACUGGAACAAGAAGCUGCUGGAGGGCACCGCCAGGCAGAGGGCCCUGGAGGAGGAGGAGGCGGCGCGCAAGCUCUAG